GCCGGUGUUGCAGGAGAAUCCGAAUCGGUGAGCGGAUCCUUUUCUUAUACUGGGCCCGAUGGUGUGCAAUACUCGAUCACGUAUACGGCGGACGAGUACGGCUUUCAUCCUCAAGGCGCUCACUUGCCGACGCCGCCUCCGAUACCGCCGGAAAUUCAACGAGGCGUUGAAUUGGCGCUCGCCGCUGAAGCCAGGGGAGAGAAUCAGGACGGUGGUGGUAGAGGAUAUUCGCACGGAGGAGACAGCGGAUAUCCCAGCGGAG